CAAAUUCUUAAUUACAAGUUAGCGUAUUAUAGACGAACUUGUGUUUAUAAAGAAGCAAAUAAUACAUAAAAAGGAACGACGUGUUUGUGUUUGAGCGGAUCGAGGUUUUAGGUUUCCUAAAAUGGUUGAUAACAUCAACAUAUUAGGAUCAAUCCCUAAACACAAUCCAAUUAGCGAAGAAGGAGGGAUUAAGGAACAAGAUAGGUUGUUGCCAAUAGCUAAUGUGGGGAGGAUUAUGAAGCAAAUUCUUCCCCAAAACGCCAAGAUUUCGAAAGAAGCCAAAGAAACAAUGCAAGAAUGUGUAUCUGAGUUCAUUAGCUUUGUUACUGGAGAAGCAUCGGAUAAGUGUCACAAAGAGAAGCGUAAGACAGUGAAUGGAGAUGAUAUUUGCUGGGCUUUGGAAAAUCUAGGGUUUGAUAAUUAUGCUGAGCCUUUGAAGAGGUAUUUGCAAUCGUAUAGAGAAUCUGAAGGAGAAAAAGCUAACCAAAAUAAGGCUGUUACUGGCAAUAAUACUGAAGAAAGGGAGAAAGAUGAACCACAAAGGAAAUCUACAGUGUUACCUACUCAGUUCAGAAAUCUCCAGGGAAGAUUUUAUGGUCCUUAAAAUAUGUCAAAAGACAAUAAAUUUCUUAUUGUUAAUUCUUAAGAAAAAGUACUAGUGCCUUUCUUACUAGUAAUAAGAACUACUCCACUAUAUAUUUCAGUAUGUGAAAAUAAUCUUUAUA